AUGUUACUGAUAGGGCCCUCGAGGAUGGUGAUAUACAGAUCUACUAGAACGAUGGGUACAUGGAGCGUUUCCGAUGUUAUAGUUGACAAAAAAUCUAAGUUUCAAGGCAGAUGUUGCAGUUUAAAAGGUCAAGAUGAGAUACCCGGUAUAUUGGAAGAAUUGGUGAAUACCAACAAAUCAGUCAGCAAAGCGUCUCACCCAUGCAUGUAUGCUUGGAGAACUGGUACGCCCGCCGCAGUAGAAGUUCCAGGCUUCAAAAGAGGUAAGAAAGUGUUGAAGACGGAGAAUAGGGUUCAAAACUUGGAGCAGGGUUGUGACGAUUGUGGAGAGGCCGGAGCUGGUCAAAGAUUACUCACCCUUCUGGAACAUAGUGGGGUAACUAACGUUCUAGUAGUGGUUUCACGAUGGUAUGGUGGAACUCCUUUAGGUAGUGCACGAUUUCGUCAUAUAACGACAGCAGCGGUGGAAAGUUUGAAACAAGGUAGUUUCGUACCUUGA